AUGGGAAAGCUCAUGGACCUCGUCCUCUUGGUCUUCUUGUCAGCUCCCUGCACUGCAGAGAACAUCACUGUCAUUUACGGAAUGGAAGGUGGGACCAUUUCCAUCAACUGCACCUAUAACCCCUGGCAGCAGCGGUGGAGAGAAAAGAGCUGGUGCAAGCAGGUGGAUGAGAUCAAGUGCCAGCAUGUGGUGAGUGCCCGCCGCUUCUGGCUGCAGUUCCUGAAGAACAGGAAUGGCACCACGUCCAUCAGGGACAACGUCCAUGAAGGGGUCCUGACAGUGACCAUGAAGAGGCUCAAGAAGCAGGAUGCCGGGCUCUACCGCUGCAUAACGGAGUACCUGGGAGAAACAAAAACCUUGCAGAAGGUGCAAGUGGAAGUGCUGACAGAUACAGUGCACACCGAAAUGCCAGAGGAGCCUAAUGCUGUGCAAAGCAUCUCCAGCAUCGCUCCUGAAGCUGACUCCAUUAUCUUGUGCAUUAUCAUCGGACUCCUGGUUAUGAAGUUCCUGGUGGCUGUGCUGACCUUUACCAUUGCCAGCAGUAGGAAAAACAAAGACACGGGCACAGAGCAGAAGAACCAAAGUCUCCAUGAACAGCAGCUCCUCCCGUUCCCUGGCAGCCUGGUGGAACAGGCACGGGAUGGAGUCAGCCCCUCCUGGGAAAACACUGCUUAGAGAAGAUCCGAAUCGCAGGGAAUCGCACGGCAACGGGUGUCAAACAGUCCCAGGCAAAGAAAGCU